AGAGGCUGGCGGUCCCCGGCCCAGAGGAGGGGGCGGUCGCAGGGAGGCUGCCAGGGGCUGGAGCUGGUGCCGGCUGCUCUCUGGACUGCAGGGGGUGCGGGAUCCCCUCUCCGCGUUGCCUGCCCAGCCUCAGCCGGCUCGGAGGCGGCAGCCAAGCAGCGCGGUCCUUGCCAUGCUGGCGGCAGCUGGGAGCCGCGCCUGCCUGGGCCGGCUCCUGGGCGAAGGGCAGCUGCACGCCCGCCUGCUCAGGCCGGCAGCCCGUGGGAUCGCGGCCACUGCAGCUUCCUCCAGCAGCGCCCACAACCGAAGCCCAGGGGCCAUCAGCUCGGCUAAGAAGAUGUACAAAGUACCUGGUAGUUACAAACCUUCCAACUUUGACAAAAAAAUCCUCAUGUGGACAGGACGCUUCAAGACUGAUGAAGAGAUUCCCUCAAGGAUCCCGCCAGAAAUGCUGGACAUUGCAAGGAACAAAGCUCGAGUAAAAGCCUGUUAUCUAAUGAUUGGCCUCACAAUUAUCGCCUGCUUUGCUGUGAUUGCAUCAGCUAGAAGGGCUGAACAAGAGUCCCUAACAAGCUGGAACCUAGCAAAGAAAGCCAAGUGGUGUGAAAAGGCUGCAAUAUCAUCAGAGUUUAAGACUAAAUAAUAUUUCUAUUAAAAACUGUGGAUUUGCUACUAGGAGCAAACACCACAAAAAACAAAUGUUACUUGGCAUAAUUAGUGACUGUCUAACUAGUUAGCAGACUGCUAUGUUAAACAUCAAUACAUUGGAGCCCAACAAUGUUGGGAACAAAGGGAAUAGGGUGUCUUAUUCUACAUUACACAGAGAUAUUUUCAGUACUUGCAGCAGAUGACCAAGGUCAGUUCAAAUCUUUAGAAAGUUCUAAUAAUUCCAGUUUCAAGAGA